AUGGACUCACAGAAAGAUACUACAUCCAUAGGCAGUGACAGCUCUAAGGAAAACCACCCACCGACAAAAUCAGCCCAGCAAUCACCAACAGAUACCGAUGAUGUGGACCGAGACACCGAAAUCUCAUUAGAAAAAAUCAAAAGUGCAGACCAGGCACUGAGUGUUAUCGAAGAUAGCGGAUUUUUCAAACAGUCGCUUUAUUCGUUUCUUGUCUUGACUUCCGUGACUGAGGAGGUCGGACACAACCUACUUCAACUUCUGGAUCAAAAACACCCACACGUCCGAAAAGGCUUCUUCCUUCGCAAAAAAGUACUUACCCUCAAAAUACCGAGUUUUACCCAUGAGGCUCCACUCGCCUGGUUCUUCGAUCAGCUUUUACAGUGGAAUUUCAACGGUCAGCUUACACAAGUUGAGGUGCGGCGCGUGAGGGUGAUGGCAAGCCCGCGAGUAACGGCGCAAUUUCCUGGCUACGUCGGCGAUGAGAAAGAGCCUGAUACAUAUAUCACUCCCAGGGGCAACCCCGCAACUGGUCAUCCAACCGUGGUCAUGGAGGUUGGCUUCAGCCAAACCUACUCAAGCCUAGUGCAGGCUGCGAAAGUCUGGCUAGAGGGUGUUGGCCCAACUGUACGCAAGGUUAUCCUGAUCAAAUUCUUCCGGUGCAAGAGCGGAAUCGCCGGCACAAUCGAACUCUGGGGCCGGGACACCACAGGCAAUGCGAGAAUGGUCUGGAGCAACAGGAUCUUCCCGGUUCGAGGCCCCGUCGAACGACCUAUCUACUUGACUCGAGAAGACAUCUUCGACGGCGUGGUUGAGCCAGGCCGCCAGGGCACCGAUCGUCUUGACCUUGAUCUCACUUCUCUCCGCGACAUAAUCGUCGAGACGGGGUUGGAUGCCGUCGGGCUCAUUCCUGCGCCUUGA